AUGGAGCCCCAGGAAGCCCUCCCAGAGGCAACUGCGACUCCAGGGGCCCUGCCAGAGGCGGUGGCGCUACCAGGAGGCCUCCCAGGGGCGGCUGAGCCCCCAAAGGCCCUCCCCGAGAGGUCCUCCUUAGGGGUGACAGCGAACCCAGAUACACUCCCAGGGACCCUCCCAGGGACCCUCCCAAGUGCAGCGGUGCCUCCUGCAGCCAUCCCAGAGGCAGCGGAGGCCCUCCCAGUGUCAGCCGCGAAUCCAGGGGCGGUGGAGUCAUCUAGGGCCUUCCUAGGGGCAACAGAGACCACAGGGGCCUUGCUAGCGGCAGUGGAGCACCCAAGGUCCCUUACAGAGGCGGCGACGCCACCAAGGGCCCUCCGAGAGGCAACGGCGACCCCGCGGCCAUCCCAGGGGCACAUUCACCCCCAGGGUCCUUUCCAUAGGGUAGCGGCGCCCUCGAGCCACCCGCGGGGUCAGCGACACCCCCAGGGGCCCUCCAAAAAGGCAGAAACGCCUCCAACGGCCCGCCCAGGUGUAGCAGGGCCUCAAGAGGCCCUCCCAGGGGCAGCGGGGUCACAGCAAGGUGCGGUGUCGCCCGCAGGAGCCCUCUCAGGGAAAAUAGUGCACCCAGGGGUUCUUUCAAGGGCGGUGGAGCCCCCGAAUUCCCUUCCAGGGGUAACUGGGACCCCAGGGGCCCUUCCAGCGGCAGCAGCGCUGCCAGGGGCCAACCUAGGAACAACAAAGGCCCGAUAA